AUGGAGCGGCGGCAAAAGGUGCUCUUAUUAAGAGGCUUGCUUGUGCUCAAACAAGCACAGAUGGUACAGAUGCGAAGAAGAAAGGCCUGGAUGCAGGUCAUGCGGACUCAAGACCCGGACUUGUUUUUGAGAUACUACCGGAUGACACCUGACCUUUUUGACAAAUUGCACGACAUGGUCCGGGAGAAGCUGACGAAGGAGUUCGUCGUGUGCGAGCCAAUAAGCUCCGGAGAGCGCUUAGCAAUGACUCUCCGGUAUCUCAUCUCAGGAAGUUCGAUCAUGGAUAUCGCCAAAGAGUUCAGGGUUGGUCUGGAAACAGCCCGAGAAGCGGUACACCUCACAUGCGAGGUUCUGUGGCAAGAGUUAUCCCCACAUUAUAUGAAGAGAAAGACUGGAAAGCCAUCGCAGACGGAUUUUGGAAGCGCUGGCAGUUUCAGAACUGCCUGGGGGGCAGUAGAUGGAAAGCACAUUCAGAUAGAUGCGCCACCUAAAACCGGUAGCCUCUACUACAAUUACAAGUGCUGA